AUGCCCACAGCCCUGUGCCCCCGAGUCUUGGCUCCGAAGGAAAGUGAGGAGCCCAGGAAAAUGAGGAGCCCACCUGGAGAGAAACCUAGCCCCCAAGGAGAGCUCCCCAGUCCAGAGUCCUCCCGCCGCCUCUUCCGCCGCUUCCGCUACCAGGAGGCGGCGGGUCCCCGGGAGGCCCUGCACCGCCUCUGGGACCUGUGCCGAGGCUGGCUGCGGCCUGAGAGGCACACCAAGGAGCAGAUCUUGGAGCUGCUGGUGCUGGAACAGUUCUUGGCCAUCCUGCCUCGGGAGAUCCAGAGCUGGGUGCGGGCCCAAGAACCCGAGAAUGGCGAGCAGGCUGUAGCUGCAGUGGAGACACUGGAGCGGGAGCCGGGGAGACCCUGGCAGUGGCUUAAACACUGUGAAGACCCCGUGGUGAUCGAUGAUGGGGAUGGCCAUCCAGACCAGGAGCAGGAUCGACUGCCCACAGAGCCCCAGGGUGACCUUGCAAAGAGCCAGGAUACCCAGCCCAUACCCCUUGCGGAAGAUACUGGACUCCCAAGCCGAUCACCAGGGCAGCUCAGCGGAGACCCAGUUUCACAAGACCCUUCCCUUCUUCAGGAAGAGAGUUUGAGGGACACACAGCAGGUGACUGCCUUUCAGCUGCCUCCGAACCGGGUUUCUCCGUUCAAGGACAUGAUCUUCUGCUUCUCUGAAGAGGACUGGUCUCUUCUAGACCCAGCCCAGACUGGCUUCUAUGGCGAAUUCAUCAUAGGGGAGGAUUGUGGGGUCUCACUGCCUCCAAAUGACCCAGCCGCCCAGCCAGAUCUCAUUCAGGGAGAGAAUGAGCCACAGGUUCCAGAGCUGCAGGACCUCCAAGGGAAAGAUAUGCCCCAAGUCUCCUACCUGGACUUUCAGAGUCUCCAGCCAUUCCAGAUAGAAGAAAGAAGAAAAAAUGAGCUGCAGGUGUCAGAAUUCCAGACCUGCCAGCAGGUGGCGCUUUCUCAAAGCACCUACCCAGCGGAUGGCAGUGUGCUAUCCCCAGAGAAUGGCCUCGACGAGGAGGUGUCCAUUGAGAUCGUCCUGUCCAGCUCGGGGGACGAGGACUCCCAGCACAGCCCAUACUGUCCUGACGAGCCUCGAGGUUCCACAGAGAAGCAGCAUGUCCUUCCCACCACCCACAGGAGCAGCUCCGUGGACUUCACAGACGUGGGGAGUGAGGGCCAGGCUUCCUCCAAGAAGUCCUACAUCUGUCCCAACUGUGGAAAGAUCUUCCGCUGGAGAGUGAACUUCAUCAGGCACCUGCGGAGCCGCAAGGAGCAGGAGCAGCCCUAUGCGUGCUCAGUCUGCGGGGAGGUGUUCAGUGACAGUGAGGACCUGGACGGGCACCUGGAGACCCAUGAGACCCAGAAGCCUUACACAUGCAGUGCCUGCGGGAAGAGCUUUCGCCUCAACUCCCACCUGCUCUCUCACAUGCGGAUACACCUCCAACCAGACAGACUUGAGCCCACAGAGGAAAAAGAGGCAGGGCCUUCAGAACACAAGGAUAGCAGCCCCAACUCCCUGCUAGAAAAGAGCAAGGGCAAGUUGAGCUUCAAAUGCUGUGACUGUGGGAAGGUUUUCCAGCGGCAUGACCACCUGGCUCGGCAUAGGAGCAGCAGCCACACAAAGGACAAGGCCAGCACCUUUCAGUGUCGGUACUGUGUUAAAAGUUUCCUGCAAAAUUACGACCUCAUCCGCCACGAGCGGUUGCACAUGAAGCGGCGCUCUAAGCAGGCUUUGAACUCCUACUAA